ACGCCCCAGGUGAGCGAGCCGCUUCGCUCGGAACGGGUCGCUCCUCUCCUCGUCUCCCCCGCGCGCGCGCUGCGUCUCUCUCCUCCCUACAUAAGCACAGCCAGAUUGAAGCAGAGCAGAGCAGAGGAGGCGUUUUCACUUUCGCACCAACCGGUUUGGUCGGCAGAACGGUCGGCGCGGCAUACGUACGUACAUGGCGGCGGCGGCGGCAGCGGGGACAAGGGGGAUGCGGGCGCUGGCAAUCCUGGGGCGGUGCGUGCGGGCGCCGUUCCGCGUGCUGGUGCGCGCGCGGGACCUGUACGUGAGCCGGAUGGCGGCGUGCGCGGGCGGCGGCGGGAGAGGCGCCCCGGUGGGGCUGGUCGCGGUGCCGCGGUGCCAGAGCCACGGGUUCUACCGGUCGGCGGCGGGAGGCAGCACCGACGACGACAUACGCGAGCUGAUACGCCUAGCCUCGCGCGCCGGUGGGCCGCCGAGGCCUCCCGGCGUCGGGCCGCGGAGCCAGAGCGUGGCCAUCGGGAGGAUCGACGAGGACGAGCCGUGCGAGUUCGGCCUCGACGCCGAGGCCAGGGCGCUGGCCAUGGCUCCGAAGAGCAAGAGCUGCACCGUCGGGCCAACCGCCAGGACCGCGCACAGGGUUGGCCCCGUUGCUUGAUACAUCGAUGCACCUUCCAUUUGUAUUUACCAAUGGCUCUGGCAGUACUACCUUCAUUUCAAAAUAUUAUAGUACUACGAAUCUACACAAUUUAAAUUUAGAUUCGGAAUAUUAGAAUAUGUUUCAUCCUAUAUUAUCAAAUUUUUGGAUGGAGUGAGUACGAGUGUUUUGUGUAGCAAAUGUAACAUGUUAAGCGCUACAGUGAUCUGUACGUGUCACUGUAAUUCAAAGAGUGUGACUGCGUCCGUCAGGCAAAA